AUGGCGUCUCGCCAAUCCCGCCAACAACCCACAACCUCGGCGCCGGCGGCGAGCCGGACGCAGACGGAAACGACAACGACCUCCUCCUCACAAGACCAGCCGCCACGGGACGCAGCCCACGAGGCCGCGCGGCCUCAGCCGGCGAUCCUCCGCCUCCGGGGCGUGCGCGCGUCGAGCGGGCCGUCGGUUCGCUGGGCCGAGGGCGUGGUGGACAACGAAGGGCUGGGGCGGAAAUCGUCCAAAGUCUGCUGCAUCUACCACCCCACCAAACCCGUAGGCGAAUCCUCAGACGAGUCGUCAUCCUCGUCUGACGACGACGACGACGACUCCUCGGGCACCGACAGCGACGACUCGACCCGCGGCAAGGGCAAGAGGAAACAUGCCGGUGGUGGCGGAGGAGGCAAGAAGCAUCGAGGAGGAGGGGACUGCCACGGCCAUAACCACGACCACGGAGGCGGAAGCGGGGGUGCCAGGAAGAAGAAAAAGAAGCGCACCCCGAGCCCAAACGCCUACGAAAAGAUGCCCAAGGUCAAGCCCAGGGCGGUCGCUCCCGAGGGGGGCGGGGCGCCUGGUGCGUCGGGGCAAUGA